AUGACGUUCAACACGAUCAACACAACUGACAAUUUACGCGUUUCCACAGGCACGCAAUCGCUCCCCCCUCCGGCACUACCUCAGCUCGUCGCCGAACAACACGUCCCUAUCCCCUCGAGCGACAAGGACUCACAGAGACUCAUCGUCGUCCUGUCCAAUGCCAGCCUCGAGACCUUCAAGGCCACCCACGGCGGCGGGGGUCGUAUGGGCAUGCACCGUGAGGAGAAAUAUUCGCUGCUCAACAGCGACGAGCACAUUGGUGUUAUGCGUAAGAUGAACAGAGACAUCAGCGAUGCUCGGCCAGAUAUUACGCAUCAGUGUCUCCUCACCCUACUUGAUUCGCCCAUCAACAAGGCCGGCAAGCUGCAGAUCUACAUCCACACAGCCAAGGGCGUGCUUAUCGAAGUCUCGCCCACAGUCCGAAUUCCCCGAACCUUCAAGCGCUUCGCCGGUCUAAUGGUCCAGCUCUUGCACCGCCUGUCCAUUCGGUCCACGACAUCUCAAGAGAAGCUGCUGCGAGUCAUCCAGAACCCCAUCACCGACCACUUGCCGCCCAACUGCCGCAAAGUGACGCUGAGUUUUGAUGCCGACCUGGUGCGCGUUAGAGAUUAUGUUUUUAGCCUAACGCCCAAGGAGAGCAUCUGCGUCUUCAUCGGAGCCAUGGCCAAGGGUACGGACAAUUUCGCUGACGAAUACGUGGACGAGAAAAUAUCUAUCAGCAACUACAGUCUGUCGGCUAGCGUCGCUUGCAGCAAGUUUUGCCACGCUGCCGAGGACGUCUGGGACGUUAUCUAA